AUGGGUUUAGAAGACGCAUCGGGCAUUUGGUGUGACUCUAAGGAAGACAUUCGAAAUAUAUCAACAACAUACUUCAAAGACUUGUACAGCUCCUCUCCAAUUGCGAAUGAUAUUGAAUUUUGGUCCUUGGUGGAAACAAAGGUGACUACAGAGAUGAAUUUGGAGCUCCUUAAGCCAGCCAAUCGGUUGAAGAAAUUUCUUCUUGCACUCAUCACUAAAAAUCAAACGGCUUUUGUUCCAAAUCGCUUAAUUCAUGAUAAUAUUGUCAUUGCUCAUGAGCUGUUGCAUGUUCUUAAAACCAAGAAAAUGAAAUUUAAUUUUCUAGCUCUAAAACUUGAUAUGGCGAAGGCAUAUGAUCGUGUCAGUUCAGUCUCAUACUUUUUAAAGAUAAAUAGGGAGUGUGGGUCUGUUUUUCAACCAUCAAAAGGCUUGAGACAAGGUGAUCCAAUUUCUCCUUACCUGUUUUUGUUUUGCACGGAAGGGUUGUCUCUUCUUUUACAAGAAGCAGAAAGGAAAAAACAAAUUCAAGGGUGCAGCUUAGGAAGUGAUUGCUCUGCUAUUUCUCAUUUGCUUUUUGCCGAUGAUGUCAUUUUAUUUUGUCAAGCCAUUCCAUCACAAGCAGAGUCGUUGAAGGACAUUCUCACAAGAUAUGGUCUAUUAACAGGCCAAUUGGUCAACUUUGACAAAUCUAGCCUUUUCUUUAGUUCUGAUACACCAUUAGACACAAGAGACAAUCUUAGAAGGAUCUUGGAAAUUCGAAAUGUCAAUUGGAUCAACAGUUAUCUGGCCUCCCUUCAAUUAUUGGGAAAUCUAAAACUGAUACUUUCAAUUACUUGA